AUGACAAAAAUUUGGUCAACUUUUUCUCGUAAUUUUGCAAAAUUACUUGAAGACGCUGAUGGUCAUGACCUAAUUAUAAAUGUUGGUCAAGAACCUAUAAUAAAACCUUUUAAAGCACAUUCUGUCAUAUUACGAGCACAUUCUCCUUACUUUCGUAGGGCCUUAUCAAAGGAAUGGGCUAAAAAAGAAGAUGGAAAAACUGUAUUUUACAAGCCUAAUGGUGAAUUUAUUUUAAACCUCUUGACUGCUGCUGACGAAUUAAUUUUACCUGAAUUCAUUGACGAAGUACAAGAAUACCUUGUUGCAAACCGUUCUCUUUGGAUGCAGGAAAACUUUUACCAUGUCUUAGAUUUCGCUUUCAGCCAUGAAACUUACAAAUUAUUACAAGAUUAUUAUUUUACCGCUACUUUUCAGAAAUCUUUAGCUGAUUGUAUACCUCUUAUUAGGUUCACUCUUAUGACUCGAGAACAAUUCCGUGAAAAAGUUUGGCCUUUUAAAGAUAUUCUUCCGCGCAAGAUGUGCGAUGAUGUCUUAUGGCAUUUCUUAAUGCCUGACAUACAACCUAGCCAAUUCCAUCCAAGAUUAAAAACUAUUGACUCAAAACUUAUCACUUUGAAACAUGCUUCUCUAAUCGCCACUUGGAUUGACCGUAAAGAAGGCAAGCCUUAUAAACAUACCGAUAUUCCAUAUGACUUUACUUUACUUAUGCGUGGUUCACGUGACGGGUAUUCUCAACAGACUCUUCAUCAACGUUGCGGCGGUCAAGCUAAAACCAUAAUGCUAAUGAAAAUAAAGUCUACUGAAGAAAUAUUUGGAAUGUAUAUCUCUAAUAUUUGGAGUAAUACUUCUAGUGCGAGAUCUCAUGAUAGUUUUAUGUUUUCUUUUGGUGAAGGAAGAGAUACCAAAGAUCCCGUGCUGAGUCGUGUACGUGCUGCGGGCUACGAUCUCGCUUUAAGUAGAGGUCAAGAGAGAGGAAUGGACGAAUUGGAAAUGUUCAAAAUUUCUCCAAAAACG